AUGGCGACUCUGAAAGAUCUCCCUACAGUAUUGUUGAUCGAAAUUCUAUCGAGGCUUCCGACAGAGUCUCUACUCCGAUUUAAGUCGGUUUGCAAAUUUUGGUACGCUUUGAUCAACGAUCCUAUAAAUUUUUCUUUUCAAGAUAAAUGUAUUUUUAUCAAGCGUCGAGUGAUGGUCAAUUUUCAACACUUUACGUAUAUACCCUCCAUCAUCAAAUUUUCCCUCGCCCCUGAUCGAUCUAUGUCCAUUCUCGAUGUCAACAAUCCAUUCAGUUAUACUGCGUUUUUCGUUAUUUGCGGCCAUUCUCAUGGCUUGGUUUGUCUUUCCUUCAAUAGGGAUAUUUUCCUAUUUAAUAUGACGACCGAAAAGUUUCAUAAGCUCCCGUUAUCGAUUCUUCAUUAUCCUGGGGAUAUUUAUGACAUUGAUUUUUCGUCCACAAAUGCAGUUGGAUUUGGAUACGAUUCUAAAUCUAGGGAUUUCAAAGUGGUUAGGGUUGUAGAAUUUGGGAGCCAAUAUGGAGAAACUAAUCUCCCGGCUAGAGUCGAAAUUUACGAUUUGAGGAAAAAAAAAUGGAGGGAAAUUGAAUCCGCUGUUUGUGGGCGUGUAACGAGGGCACCUACUCCCCAGAUGCAUCAUAAAGGAACAUAUUAUUGGUGGGCAUACAAAGAAGGAAGAACUAAUAUUAUACACACGUUCGACAUGAGUGAAGAAGUUUUUGGCGAAAUUUCAGUACCGAACGAUGUAGUGAAUGAGCGUAUGGAGUAUAUAAGUAUGGGGACGUUGAAUGGAUCAAUUAUUAUAUUUCACUACUCAAAAACAGGGAAUGAAAAAACGUUCGACGUUUGGGAGAUGGAGAAAGAUGUCGUUUUAUGGUCAAAACUAAUGACAAUUGGUCCUGUUUUUGGAGUCGAGAAACCAUUGUUGUUUGUGAAUUCAGAUGAACUUUUAAUGGAAGCCAACGAAGGACGGGUGAUUUCUUACAAUAUUAAAACUCACGUGACCAAAGUUCUUCCAAUAAAAGGGCUUCCAUGUGUGUUCGUUGAUACUUAUUUGGACUAUAGUUUGGUUCAGUACUAA